AUGGCGAGGCCCGUGAGUGGCUCCCUCUCGGGGAAGGUAGUUUUGCCGUGCCAAUUCUCCACCAUACCCACUACCAUGCCCGCCAUCAACGCCAAUGGCACCACCCCCAGCACCGACUACCUGCGCAUCAAGUGGACCAAAAUUGAAGGGGAAAAGGAAUCCACAGUGCUGGUGGCCCAAAAUGGCAAGAUUAAAAUAGGCUCCACCUACAGGAACCGUGUGUCGGUGCCCAGCCACCCAGAGGAUGUGGGGGAUUCUUCUCUGACCAUGGUGAAGCUCCGAGCCAGCGAUGCCGGCACCUACCGCUGUGAGGUCAUAUACGGCAUCGAGGACACGCAGGACACGGUCAACCUCAAUGUCAACGGUGUUGUGUUUCACUACCGGGCAAGCACCAGCAGGUACACCAUGAACUAUGAGAGUGCUGUCCAGGCCUGCCAAACAAUAGGAGCCUCCAUUGCCACGCCUGACCAGCUGAAGUCAGCGUAUGAGGACGGCUUUGACCACUGCGAUGCAGGUUGGAUCGCAGAUCUGUCAGUUAGAUACCCAAUCACUAGACCGAGACCAGGCUGCUAUGGAAACCUGCAGGGGAAGCCUGGGGUGAGGACAUAUGGACCUCGAAAGGCCACAGAGACCUAUGAUGUGUACUGUUAUGUGGACAAGCUGAAUGGUGAGGUAUACUACGCGCCCGUGACCCAUAAGAUGACGUUUGAGGAGGCAAAGGAGGAGUGUGAGAACAGGAACGCCGUCCUGGCGUCGCCGGGUCAGCUCCACUCCGCCUGGAGACAGGGUCUGGACAGGUGUGACUACGGCUGGCUGGCCGACGGCAGCGCUCGCCACCCCGUCGCGGUACCCAGAAUGCAGUGCGGCGGCGGUCUGCUGGGCGUCAGGACCAUGUAUCGCUACAGGAACCAGACUGGCUUCCCAGAACCCAUCACCCAGCUGGGAGCAUACUGCUUCAAAGGCAUCCACUCCUGCACUGAGAACAUUUGUCUGAACGGGGGCUCUUGCUACAGAAGCGGACGUUUCCAAUCCUGCAGCUGUGCCCCUGGCUACAGUGGGGAUCGUUGUGAAACAGACAUUGAUGAAUGUCAAUCCAACCCCUGUCGCAAUGGAGGUACCUGCAUUGACGGCAUGAAUUCCUUCACCUGUGUUUGCCUCCCGAGCUAUGCUGGAUUGUAUUGUGAUGAAGACACUCAGACGUGUGACUAUGGCUGGCAUAAGUUCCAGGGACACUGCUACAAGUACAUCCCCCAGAGGAGGAACUGGGAUACAGCGGAGAAGGAGUGUCGGGUACAGGGGGCACACCUCACCAGCAUUCUCUCCCAUGAUGAGCAGCAGUUUGUCAACCGUCUUGGACAGGACUACCAAUGGAUCGGCCUGAACGAUAAGAUGUACGAUAAUGACUUCCGCUGGACCGACAGCAUGCCCAUGCAAUACGAAAACUGGCGCCCCAACCAGCCGGACAGUUUCUUCUCAUCUGGAGAGGACUGUGUGGUGAUGAUCUGGCAUGAGGACGGCCAGUGGAACGAUGUGCCUUGUAAUUAUCACCUCACCUUCACCUGCAAGAAAGGCACAGUGGCCUGUAAUCAGCCCCCUCUGGUACAGAAUGCUCAGACCUUCGGCAGGAAGAGUUCACGCUAUGAGAUCAAUGCUCUGGUGAGGUAUCAGUGUAAGGGCGGCUUCAUCCAGAGGCAUGUGCCAACCAUCCGUUGCCGUGGAGAUGGCCGAUGGGACAUCCCCAAAAUUGCUUGCAUGAGUCCAUCAAACUCCCAAAGGGCAUUCUCAAGGAGGCACCAGAAAUACAGCCUGUUCAGCAGUAACAACUACAAGUGGCGGUCCGACGAGGCAGAGGCCCGACACCGUCCUCACCAUCGAGGAAGGAGAUUGAGGAGAUCGGUGAACAGGAGAAACAGAAGACAGUGAUCGCCGUGGUUAGGCUAGGUUACGCCUGCUCACAAUCUGCACAAUAGGAAUGCAUGACUGUCACUCAUGUGGAGAUGGGUUUUUUUUUACGAAUGAAAAAAGAAAAUACAUUUGAACAAAAAAGGAACAAAACAAACAAACCCAAAGGAAAUGUGAAAUGUUCUUACCAUUUUGAUGAUGGAAUCUUGGAAUGAAGUGCCUUUUCAAAGAAUAUUCUGAUAU